AUGUGGACUCCUGCAUCUCGGGGCUGGGCGGUUAGGCUGUCCGGCAUCCUUGUGCUCUUCGCUCUCCUCCGAAGUAUUGUAGCUCAGGAUCUCGGCCUGAACCUUGACACAUAUGCCCGAGACAAAGCACAACAAAUAGUUUACUCCUCUAAGCUCACCUUCACCCAAGACACUAUAACACUCUUCAACGAUAACCAAUUCUAUGAGCUUGCUCACUUGGCUUAUAUCCAAAUGCAGACCAAGUUUGAUGCUAAUCGCGUCAGGCCACAGGAGCAGCCCGCUAUGAUGGCCGUUAUAGCCGUCGAGAAGGACGUAUUUAUCUCAUCCAGUUUGAAGGGAAGCGGCCCUUCUCUGUACAGUCUCGCCCUCCAGCAUUCCAAACCACGAGUCGUCGCUGCCCUUGACCGAUGCCAAGCCAGACUACAGAGCCAAAAGAAGGUCCCAGUAAACAAGAAGCAUCGAACUGAGGCCGGCUGUGCGGAGAUUUUCGCUCUUCACCAGUACCAUUUGGACAGCGAUGCCUCCCAACGAGCCCACAAUCACCCGCGCUCCAUUCGCGUUGUAGCCUACGGCAAAGGGGGCCAGACAGGCGUUGUAGGCCCUCAAAACCCCUGCGGUGGCGGUGAAGUCAUCAACCAGGAGGGUUUCCUAACGUGGGGGUGCAGGCAGUUCAUGGCGGACGAAGGGAUCACUGUGCCACGGAAGCCCGGCAAGAAAGUCGACAUAAGAUUGCCACGGCCGUUCCCAACGUUCACGCAUAAACAAAUCAGCGUCGUUCCCCACGCUCGCUCGCGGCCCACCCUCAAUGAGGGUCCGCGCUGA